CACAGUGGAUGGCAGUGGGGUGGGAGUCGUGUGUGUACAGGAGCGAUGGAGUGUAUUCAUCCUACUUCUAAGGGGUUUAAAGUGGGAGCUGUUGGAAGCAUUGAAGAGUAUGGUACCUUUGGCAGCCUAAAAUAGUUAGUAAGGAGUAAAUUUGUGUGGCAGGAGAGGAGACGACAGGUUUUCCUGUGGUUUUGGACGGCGAAUGGUUGCAGCGCGAGCCACCCAAGGAAUUUUCUCUGGAAAGUGAAUGGUGGCGGUGUAGGGCGAGUUGAAACUUGUUUAAUGAAUUUUUACUUGUUUAACGAAAUAAACUGUCGUCAGUCCGCUCCAGUAUGGAGUGUUGUUUGUGAGAGGAUGAGCAACAAGGGUAGCCCGGUGAAGGCUUACGACUUUCUCCUGAAAUUCCUGCUGGUGGGUGACAGUGAUGUUGGGAAGGGGGAGAUCCUCGCCAGCCUGCAGGAUGGAGCCAGUGAGUCACCGUAUGGUUACAACAUGGGCAUUGAUUACAAGACGACAACUAUUCUCUUAGAUGGACGGCGGGUGAAAUUACAACUCUGGGAUACAUCUGGACAAGGCAGGUUCUGUACCAUUUUUCGUUCCUACUCUCGAGGAGCACAGGGUGUAAUUUUGGUUUAUGAUAUUACAAAUCGCUGGUCAUUUGAUGGUAUCGACAGGUGGAUCAAGGAAAUAGAUGAGCAUGCUCCAGGUGUGCCCAAGAUCCUGGUUGGAAAUCGCCUUCACUUGGCUUUUAAGCGACAGGUGUCUACAGAUCAGGCUCAGGGUUAUGCAGAACGGCAAGGCAUGACAUUCUUUGAAGUCAGCCCAUUGUGCAAUUUUAAUAUAAUUGAAUCAUUCACAGAACUGGCUCGGAUUGUGCUAAUGAGGCAUGGAAUGGACAGACUUUGGAGACCAAACAGAGUGUUAAGCCUGCAGGAUCUGUGCUGCCGAGCCAUUGUUUCCUGUACGCCUGUGCAUCUGGUGGACAAACUUCCCCUUCCCGUUGCCUUAAAGAGUCACCUUAAGUCUUUCUCAAUGGCAAAUGGACUGAAUGCCAGGAUGAUGCACGGACGUUCCUACUCUCUCACUGCUAAUGGCAGCAAACAUAACAGCUUGAAGAAGUCUAAGAUCAUCCGUCCUUCCCACAGCCCAAUACAGAGUUGCACUCGAAACAGCUGCAAAAUAUCUUAAUUUCAAUUCUAUAAUCUGUCUAUGAAAAAGAAAACUGAAAUGUGAUCACCAUGUACAGUAUGCAGCUUGAUUAGCUGUCUGAUGUUCCUGUUAUUAAAAAAAAAACUGGUUCCAAACUGUAUUUGUAAAGGGUCCGUCAGUUGUCGAGUUGGAGUUUGCACAUGGGAAGAAAUGAUGCUGCUAGUUAAACUGUAAUAGAUUACAGGACCUCUGAUUCUUGUGAGUGUUCAAUUGAAGUAGAAAUGAUCAUGUGGUUUACAACAGUUCGGUGUCAAAAAGAAAAUAGUGUUUGUUCAUUUCAGUGUGAACCAAGCAGUUCCAAUUGUCUCAAAUUGCAAUAGACUAUUUUGGAGGAAUUAGGUAUGUAUAAUGCUGAUGUGUGCUGGAAAUUGAAUUACAAUGUACACUAUGUUGUUUAAAAUAUUUUUAAGUAUUGCAGUCAGAAUACAGAUUUCAAUGACAGUUUAAGGAUCAAUUUGUAGAAAUAUGGUUUGCCUUGACAACUUGCAGGCACCUAUAAAUGAACUGGCAAAAAUGUAAAAUUAAUAUGCUGAUAAAACAUUUGAAAUUUGCUAUGUUAAUCCAUUUCAAUUGCUCUGGUGGUUGUUACUGUUGUAGGUUAAUAAUACUUCAAUGGUUUGUAAAUAUAAUUUUCCUUGUGGGACUAUAGUUUGUUUUUGUACAGAAACAAAUGUUUUGAAGUACAGUACAAAGGGAAUAGAAGUGCCAAAGGUGUUCUUGGUAGAAAUAUUAAGUGUUGGUGUUGGAGAGAUGGGAUGUAGGUGCAAUGGCAACAAAGAUUUCUGCAUUAAUUAUCCGUAAUGUUUUAUAGUUAAAACACUCCAGAUGGAUUAGGGGAAACAGGAAAUAUCUUUCUGGGCAGAAAUGUACUUUGUAAUUAUUUUAAAUGUGAUAGUUUUGUAAAAAUAGACACAUUUGCGUGGGACACCCUUUUUAUUUCAAUGGGCUCUUGGCUGAUUUACAGCUUGAGCUAUUGUUGCAUAUAAGAUUUCAUGAAGACAAUGCCACAAUGUAAAAGAGCAUAGAUGCAGUUUCUUUAAAUACCUAUAUCUUACAAAAUGCAGGAAGAUUUCAGGAAUGAAAUAACUGCCCACUAGUCAUAUCAAUGUUCUUCAAACAUAGCAUCUACAUUUCCAUUUCCAUUCUGGGUCUUAACUGAUACAGUGGAUUUCGGCUAAUCGGGGCAGCCAUUUAUUUGGAACAACUCUUAAAGAGCAAAAAUGAAUAUAGAAAAUAGACUGGAUUCGUUUUCUUUCUUUGGGACACUAUGCUGCUUAAUUGGGAUAAGAGACUGUUGCUAAAUAGUUUCUAACUAGAGUCAUCCCAAUUGUGUGGUUGUUAGUCACUACACAGUGCAGAGAGUGAAGUUUUUAAAAUAGUGUCAGUAGCAUGUGCUUGUGUUAUGUUAUCCAUUUGGGCUAGCAAAAAGCAAUAAUAUUUGAUUUUCAUUUACUUUGAUUUGCUGUUUUGCUCCCACUGGUUUCAUGCAUUCAGGCUUGGAAGUGCCAGAAACAACUGGGAGGAAAAAUGAAACAAUUUCACUAUUUCGACAAGUUAGGAACUAUGAAAAAUUUGAAGGAAUUGACAAUCGUCUUGAAAAUCACAAUGGAAAGUUAAGAUUUGGCGGAUGUAAUUGUCGAAAGCAUUGUGUCAAAACAGCAAGGCAUAAAAUUUGAAGACAAGGAAAAUGAUGAAGUUGACACAUUUGAACUUCAGCGAGUGGCUACACAAAAUGUCAGCAGAUAUAUUGCUGGGUUAUGACACUACUUCAUGUAGGAGGGCAUUGAAGGCCGUCCAUUAUCUGUACUUGUCUGCACUGAUUUUAUUCAUUCAAUCAAAAGAAAACAGCAGCAUACAUUGGAUGAAUUCCUUUGAACUAAUUAGGAACUAAUACAGUUUUAUAGUUCUGUAGUGUUCUAAUUUGUUCUGUAUUUAAUUGAAAUAUAUAAUUUGUUACUCAAUUAAAUGGUAGUUUGUCUCUUUUAUACCUUUUUAUUUAUUUCCAUGAAACUUCAGCUAAUUGGAGCAGUUGCUUAAUUGGGCCAAAAUGUACUGGUCCCAAUGUGUCUCAAUUAACCAGAAUCCACUGUGUUUUUCCUCAAUGGUCUCAGUAGACAAAAUGUGUUUUUAAUCAAGUGCCAAAACAGGAGGAAAGGGUUUACUAGCAUCAGUCACAGCUACAGAAGUGUGCUUAAAGUCAGUUUUUAGAAAUAUAUUGAUGUUGACAAUAGUUGUGGAAAAUCGCAAUCAUCCCAUCUUCCACUCUGAUGUCUGUUGCUGGUUGAAGGGAGGAAUUAUUUUUUGUGAUUAUCUGUACAAGGUAAUUGUGUCAAUUAAAGUGAAAAUAAUUCUUCUUAAGUUAACACAUUACUGCAACUUUUUAAUGUACAAGGUAUUUUGCAUUAAUUUGAAAUAAAGAUGUAUGUACUGAUAUGAA